UGCACAGUAACAUUGGAGUACUGAAUCGGCCGUGGCUGGUAGUGAAACCAGGCGGAAAUCGAUCACACACCUCCCAGACAGCCUCCAACUGAUGCCCGAUCAUUUACAGAACGAGUUUAUGCAUUCAGCCUCACUCCAUACUUGAAGAAAACGCUGUUUUUGUUACUGUACCAGCAUGAAUUCAGCCGGACUGUCCUGUGAAACCGAGCGGCCGCGUCACCGUCCUUUCCUGAUCGGGGUAAGCGGAGGUACAGCCAGUGGAAAGUCCACAGUGUGUGCAAAAAUCAUGGAGCUGUUAGGACAGAACAAGGUGGAUCAUCACCAGAGGAAGGUCACUAUCGUCAGCCAGGACAGUUUCUACCGGGUUCUCACUCCAGAACAGAAAUCCAAAGCUUUGAAAGGCCAGUACAACUUCGACCAUCCAGAUGCGUUUGAUACAGAGUUAAUGUGUCAGACGCUGAAGGAUAUCGUAGAAGGAAAGGUGGUGGAGGUUCCUACAUAUGACUUCGUCACCCAUUCCAGGCUGCCAGAGAAGAUAUGUGUGUAUCCCGCUGAUGUGGUGCUGUUCGAGGGGAUUCUGGUGUUCUACACACAGGAAGUCAGAGACAUGUUCCACAUGAAACUGUUUGUGGACACAGACUCAGAUGUUCGCCUGUCUCGCAGAGUUCUGCGUGACAUGAGAAGAGGUCGAGAUCUGGAGCAGAUCCUCACGCAGUACACCACGUUUGUUAAACCAGCCUUUGAAGAGUUCUGUCUUCCGACCAAGAAAUAUGCCGAUGUCAUAAUACCGCGCGGAGUUGAUAACAUGGUGGCCAUCAACCUGAUUGUGCAGCAUAUUCAGGACAUCCUCAACGGUGAUAUCUGCAAAUGGCAGAGGGGUUCUGUCAAUGGACACGCCCACGGGCGGAGUCUAAAGAGGGGCGUGGCCGAACACAGUGAGCACUCUAGCGGAGGCGGGAUUGUCCCAGUGAAACGCCCCCUACUGGAGCCCAGCACACGGCCACAUUAACACACACACACACACACACACACUUAAGAGAGUCAUACGAUCAAAAAACUGAAAGCUUGAAUUUUUCUGCAUGCUUCCAACACACACUCUCUGUCAGGCUCAUUUACAUAGAAUUUAAAGGAAUAUUUUUCAUUUUCUGGUGAACUGUUCCUUUAAGAAUGCCUUCUGCUUUUUAUCUUAUCUAGCGUGACCUUUAACCUGUAGUCACAUCUUCCUCAAAGAGGAACUGUGCUGUAUAUAUAAAAUAGUCCUACAUUACAUUGUCAGAUGCUAAUCGGAUAAAUCUUUACUCAUGUAUUUAUGAUGGUAGCUAUAACAGUUGGUAGCUAUAACAGAGUAAACUCGACACAAACAGUCCAGUCUGUAUUUCACUGCCUGAUCCGUCUCAUAAAACUGUAGCUUACACCUAUAGAAUAAAGAAGUCACCUCGUUUUAUAAAGGCAUUUUAAACAGCUGAAACAAAGUUUCAGUGCUUCUUCUGGGUGUUCCUGCCUCGUCUAGAUCAGAAACUCUCGUUUGGUCAGGAUUAAGACAUGAAAUAGAUGAAGUAAAAUACUUCUAGUGAAUUAUAGUGAUAGUGUAGUAUUUAAAAUAAUAAUGUCACUAUCACUGAUGUGAUUCUUUAUUUUAAAUGUUCUGUAUAAUUUGUUGUGCACCUCACUCUGUAAUAUGUCUCUAAAUGUAAAUAUCAUUAUAAAAUAGUUCAUUUAUAAACAGGUUUUGCAUUUUUCUUGUACAAACCUUUUUUAAAUAUUAAAGAGAACCUGCUUGCGUGA